CAGCUCUAUGCAUGUCUACUAGGAGUAAAUCCUGCUGUGGCCAAUGGGACCCACUCUUCCUCGGCUUGUACGCGUAACUAUGAAUAUACAAUAAACUACAAUUCCCAUAAUGCCGGCUCGGCCGGCGGCUGCGCAGUUCUAGCCGCGAGAGCGGAAAUGCGCGCGUCCUCCGCAAGUCCCGCCUCUCCUCAUUGGACGCCAUUUUGUCACCGACUUUCACCCGCCACACGACGGUGCUUUUUUUUUCUUAAAGGAGAAGCUACAAUGUUUUUUUUUCCUUUUAAAUCCUUCCCGAACGUGAAGCUCCGAGAAACGCGGACAGCGUGAAGCUCAGGGAAACAGGUUUUCGGAAGGUACCGAAUCUCUUUUUCGUUUCGUUCGUCAAAACCAGAGGCUGUGGGAUACCAGACCGGCCCAAACUGCGGAGCGGACGGGGGGGGAGGGGGCGACAACGGCAGGACUGAGGGCUUCGCGAGAACAGCGUCACUGCGUGGCACUGAGGGUUCCGUAGCUCGAGAGAGAGAGAGAGAGCGAGAGAAGCCUCCCCAACGAUGCCCUUUCCUCAGGGUAACGAAUGACAUUUGGCGCGCGAGAGAUAACUGUUAAACGGCUCCGCUCUACGACGCGCGCGCCACGGUCAGGAUUCCGACAGCGCGCGCGCGCCCCCGACGAAGCUCGCCCGUUGAUUGGAGCGUCUUGAGCCAGCCGGCCUUGGCGACGCCGAUUGGUGGAGUCGGGAGAGCGGUGGGUGGGGUGUGUCCGGCACCUUCCCUUCUGACUGGCUGGCGCAGAGCGAAGGGGGAGACCUUGCGUCCUGCCUGAACUCCGAACUCGCUCUUGAUUGGCCUCGCUCGGCGCGGGAGGACGGGGGCCCGCUGUACAGAGGCGGGGGGAGCGCUCGGCGCUGCUGUCACGAGCAGGAGGGGCAGCCGCCGCCGCCGCUUGGGCCGCCCUUUGAGCCGCCGCCGCCGCCAGCUGCUCUGAUGCCGGGGGCGCCCGAGCAGGCGGAGACCCAGGAGGAAGAGCCGCAGCAGGAGCCACGAGAGAGCGAAGAGGCGAGCGCUCCGCCUCCCAGCGGCCGCCGGCGUCCCCCGCCCACUCCCGCAGCCGCUGCUGGACAGGGGGAGGAGUCCGGCGGCAGUCGGGUGCUCCGAGGAGGCCGAGACCGGGGACGGGCGGCCGCCGCCGCUGCUGCAGCUGCCGCUGCUGCCGCCUCACGCCGAAGGAAGGCCGAAUAUCCCCGCCGGCGCCGCAGUAGCCCUGGCGCCCGGCAGAACCAGGGGCCCGAGACGCCGUCGGUGCCCGGCUCCGAGGCUGAGCCGCAACCAACCGCCGCUCCGCCCGGCGCUGCCGGCAGGAAGGAGAGCCCGCGCGGCGCAUGCCUGGAUAAAACUGUGGUGAAAGAUCCCAAAGAAGAGACAGAAGAGGAAGAAGUCUCAAAUAUUCUUGCUGCUGGAACCCCAGUCGGUAUAGCCAGGCCCAGUCGGGGCUGGCGUAGCAACAGGGCAGCAGCUGCUGUUCGUCAGUGUGAUACAGAUAAUUCACGGAGCUCUAGAUCCAAGACUGGGUCUUUGCAGCUCAUCUGCAAAUCAGAACCAAACACAGACCAGUUAGAAUUCGAGGUCACAGAAGAGCAUUCAUCUCCAGCUGGAAUCAGUGAUGAAGAAGAAAUGCUUAUCAGUGAAGAAGAGGUUCCUUUCAAAGAUGAUCCCAGAGAUGAAACCUAUAAACCACAUUUAGACAGGGAAGCUCCAAAGCAGAAGAAAAAAACAGGGAAGGGAAAAGAAGAAAAAGAGAAACAGAAAGAGAUUAAAGUGGAGGUGGAAGUCAAAGAAGAAAGUGAGUUUCGAGAAGAUGAGGAGCCACCUAGGAAAAGAGGAAGGAGGAGAAAAGAUGACAAGAGUCCACGACUUCCCAAAAGGAGGAAAAAGCCCCCAAUACAAUACGUACGUUGUGAGAUGGAAGGAUGUGGCACAGUUCUUGCACAUCCCCGCUAUUUGCAGCAUCACAUCAAAUAUCAGCAUCUGCUGAAAAAAAAAUAUGUAUGUCCUCAUCCGUCUUGUGGGAGACUAUUUCGGCUCCAGAAGCAACUUUUGCGGCAUGCCAAACACCAUACAGAUCAAAGGGAUUAUAUUUGUGAAUACUGUGCCCGUGCUUUCAAGAGUUCUCACAAUCUGGCAGUUCACCGAAUGAUCCACACAGGCGAGAAGCCGUUACAAUGUGAGAUCUGUGGAUUCACCUGCCGACAGAAGGCCUCAUUGAACUGGCACAUGAAAAAGCAUGACGCAGAUACAUUUUACCAGUUUUCAUGCAAUAUCUGUGGAAAGAAGUUUGAGAAAAAAGACAGCGUUGUAGCACAUAAGGCUAAGAGUCACCCAGAGGUGCUUAUUGCUGAAGCCCUGGCAGCCAAUGCAGGCGCCCUCAUCACCAGCACUGAGAUCCUGGGUACCAAUCCAGAGUCUGUUGUCCCGCCCACUGAUGGCCAGGGCCUCCCCCUUCUUCCAGAUCCCCUUGGAAACACCACUCCUGGAGAAUGUCUACUGCUGAACCCUGACGGGAUGCCCAAGGCAUAUUGCAGUGGGGGUGAUCGGGUCAAUCUGAUGGCCGACGGGAAGAUCUUUGUUGGCACUGCUAGUGGCGAGAGUACGGAAGGGCUGGUCAUGAACACCGAGAUCCUUGGAGCGACCACUGAAGUUCUAAUUGAAGAUUCUGAUUCUACAGGACCUUAAUAGGGAAAAGGAGCACAUGGGUGUUGGGACAACUUGAACUUGUAUUUAAAAAAAUAAAUAAAUGGGAAAAGCUUAUUCAGUAUAGAGAAACUAAAACAUUUAAAUUACUAGUCAAAUAACUAAAGGGCCUGCUCCCCCUCUGCCCCACCUCUCCUCCCUCCCAGAGUGGAUCACUACACAUUCUUUCGCAGUUCCCUUCUUGGAGAGGAAUGUUGCCUUUACGCAGAGACUGACAAAGCAAGGAAUUCUUGUAAUGCAGUGAAGGGAAGCAGCCAGAGCCUAUCCCUCUCCCUGCCCUUCCACAGUAAGCAAACUUCCUGCUUCUUGACCCAAUGUUGCAAGAUUGAAGGUGUUUGUAUUCUGGAUCACUAUCUCAUUUUCAAAACCCUACUUUGCACCUCCCAGUCACGUCAUCCUUUUCUAUGCAUUAUUAAAUUCUGACCCUUUGCAGGCUCCUACUUCUCCUAGGGCUUGGGAAUAUAGCUUGGCACUUUAGGACCCUUCAGCAGGAUGAGCUGUAAAACAGCAUAUAUUCCCCCUUUCUCUCAUCCUUCCUUCUGCCUCACUAAGGAGAGAGAAGGGGAUUCUGGCACUCGGGUGCUCACUUUUUCAUAAGGGGUGCCAUCCUUUUCUACAGUUGCUCUGGCUGCAAAAGCCCUGUGUAGGAGAGGCAACAAGAAUGGGUGCUAGACUGGUAAAAGAAAAUUUGCACUUUGAACGUGUCUUGUUUUUAAGUUGUGAUAACAAAUUCCUUAUUUAUUUUAUUUUUUAAAACAGGAUCUCUUAGCAGCUGUCUAGGGAGGAUUUUCUUUCCAAACUAAUUCUUCUUAAGGGGUAUAAAAUGGAAGCAGCCUCUUCAGCAAACCAUGUUAAGGAAUUGUCCAUCUCCCUGCUUGAAGGAAGUGCUAGUGUAGCAGAAUAGGUCUUUGUGCCCUUUCUAGUGAACAGGGAGAUUUCAGCAUUUGUUGUUGUUUGGAGGGGGAGGAUUUCUUUGUGAAGAAGUAAUACCCACUUCAAAGCUUUGUCCUGUGUCAGCCAUUAAUCUCUUCCCCCCAGCUUUCCUAACGCUUUGCUCACUUAAGUUGCAUUAUUAGUUUUGCAUUUCUCUAGUUUUGGUAAGAUAAUGCCAUUAAGGAAAAGCCUGUUUUUGAGGAUGUGUUAUAUAUAGACUGCUGAAUAGAUUGACUGUCCAAAGAUGCUUGGACCCAGUCUUUAAAAACCUAUUUAGAUGCAACACUGACAUUGAGUGGUGGCAGCUCCAGACCUCCUUGGCCAUAUAUCCAGCACUUUCACAUAGGUGCAUAUCCUCUUGUUUCUGUCAUACGUGGUGACUGGGGUAUCACUAAGGAGUGCAAUAGUCUAGCAUUUUGUGGAGAAAAGCAACUGACACCUCAAAAAUUUACUUGGAUAUAAUUUGCAUGAGCUUUUGACUGUUACCCGACAGCUUGUGGUAACAAAGUAUUCCAGCGAACCUACUUUUCUAUUUUACUGGCCUAGUGUAUUCAGGAACCGAGAAUGAGGAAUUAUCUUAGGCAUGAUCCUGAUUUUUUUUGUUUGGUAAUGUUGCCACCCUCUUUUAAAUCAGUGGUUAUAGAAAUAGGUUUUUCAGUCUAUACUGUAGUUCUACCUCAUGUAGUUCCAAAUUACUCUGGAUAGCACUAGCUAGCAUCAUUCCCAGCCACAGUUUUGAGUAUCUGGAGAGAUGUGUAAAUGGAGCUCCUUUAUUGAGUUGGAAGCUAAGCAUCAACCGGGUAUUUCCAUGGGGCACUAAAAUGAUGCAAACUAUUGCUGUCUGCCAGGGUUUUUAUUUACCAACUUGUGUUCCUUCCGUUUCUGCAGACUGGUUGGAGGUUUGUCAACAACCUGCUAGGCUGCAGUGUGUAGCUGGGGUGCUGCAUGUGGCUUUAGGCUGUGUGUUUUACAGGCUUGACAUGAAGCUACGUAUCCUGUGAUUAGGGUUGACACCAGAAAGGUAUUUGCAGUUGAGAGCUUCUUCUGUAUACUGCUGAAGGGGCUGUCCUCUUUUCUACAGUAUAAGGAAUUUCACUGCUGUACCAGCAAGAACACAUCAUAGGCUCUUUUUCAGUGUUGUAGGGGCUGUUAACGUUUGCUGUAGGUAGGUAGUCUCCAAAGUACUUGAAGUUCUUUCUCAACUUGAGUUGCCCAUCAGCUUAUUACUUACCUUUCCUAGACAGCUCUGUUGAUCUUUUUUCCCCUCUGUUGGUGUGUGUGUAUGUGUGUCUGUGUAUGAUUUUGUCAAAGAAACAUUGUCUUGUGUUUCACCAGGUCAGCUCCUUGCACUCUGGGGUGAAUAACUUCUGGUCUAGAUUUAUGAACUGAAACCAUUUGCCUUGACAUAAACUGUUCCUGCUGCUUCCCCUUAAUGUGUCUCCCACCAUACGCAUGCAGUUUUGCUUCAAUCAAUUAUUAUAAUACUUGCAAUAAACUAUUUAUAUUUUC